UUAGUUUUAUUAAAAAAAUGGAUAGACCAGGCCAAGCCCUGUGAAAAGGUGAGGAGAGGGUGAAUGCAGUUUAGAUGGAUCCUAGUGCUGGGUUUGAGCCUAGAUGAGUAGAAGGAGGGGAAUAGAAGUUUUAGAGUAUGCUAGGGGAUAUAGGAAGUUUAAAAGAGAAGUUAGAAUAGAAACAAGAUCCUUGAAUUAAAAAUACUUAAGAGAAAUAUCAAACUUUUAAAACUAAUAAGGCCAUUUAUGCAAAGCAAUAAGAAAAUUUCUAACUAAUUUAGAGAAUGUGCAUAUUUAAUAACUUCUUGGAAGCUUUGUCUUCAAAGGCUAAGAAUAUAGAUAAUUAUAUUUUCACGGUGAUAAUUUAUUCAAAAAUUAUAAUUAUUGAGACUGAAAAGCAGAUAUCUAAAAAAGAAAGAAGAUUUGAAAAAGAAAUAUUCGCUUUAGUCCGAAGAGAUGUUUAUAAUUACACAAUAUUUUUGAGCGUCUGAGCAUCUUUCUUACUACAUCUAAAUGAUCCAAGUACAAAUAGAUUUGCUAAGAAAAUGAAAUAUACUGCAAUGCCAGAAUUAAACCAGCUCAGCCUCAACCACUUUCCCCCAAGAAAUAAGACAACUGCUAGUUUUGUAACAACCAAUUUUCCUCGAUCAGUUGAGCAUCUGGUUAUUGAUCAAGGAUUUAUUUUGAAGCCAAUUAGAGGAUAUUUUGCAGAAUUGAUCAAAAUUGUUCCAAAAGUUCAACAGAAGAUUUCAUUCAGGAGCUUUACCAUUAAUGACAGAGAAUUCAAAAGAAUCAUUUCUGCUGUGAGACAUGUGAGGAGAAUCUUUUUUGCAUGGUGCGAGAUUUCUGUUACUAAAGUCCCUGACUUUUCAUCUGCAUUAGACAAAACUAGACUUGAAGAGCUUUCAAUGCAGGAAUGCAGCUAUGGUUAUGGUCACAAAAGCAAUUGGGAACAGAACUACCUCCAGUUUAAGAAUUUUAUUGAAGGAUUAAGCACCUCUCAAGAUCUCAAACAAAGCCUAAAAUUAAUGAAAAUCAAAUCCCAAAUGUUAAAAAUAGGAGAAAUAAAAAACAUUCUAAAUGAAAAUGGGUUUGAAGAGGUCAGACUUUCGCUAUAAUUUCUCAAAAAUAAACACCUAUACUCUAUUUGAUCAUUCAUUU